AUGGACGUCAACCAGUGGGUGGGGAACACGGAGAUGAUCGACUGGAGCUACGGAACCGAUUCAAUGGCGACGGGCUACCACACCACCCUCAAUGGCAUCGUACCGCAAUUGGACGACCUCUCCCAGAAAGCUACAGUCCCCUCCAGCACUAACGUCGAGGUCCCGAACACAGAUUCAAUGACAGCGAGCAAGCAGCCUGGAGCCGAGAAGCCAUCUUCGCGGACUCUCCGUGCGUCGGAGCGCAUGACCAAGAAUCACCGUACUUCCGCGCAGCAUGAUUCCAGCAGCUAUUGUCCACCAAGCGACGAGGACGAGGCGGAUGAUGAGGCUUCUGAUCAGCGUUCAUCCUUGGACCACCGGCCAAAGAAACCAUGCACCCUUCGUGGUCCUGAGGUAUGAAAGCAGCUUCUACGUCGAUCUGCCUCGCUAAUCCCAAUGCCAGGACCGAAAGCAGUCCCGCACCAAGUCAGAGCAGGAUGAUCGCAAAGUCCGCAAAUUGAAUCGUAUUUACAACGUUCACCUCACCCGAGCGAAAGGUUUGGGCGUCGACUUAGAGGAGCAUGAACUUGUAGAGGUGCCUACUAAGAAGAGAGGUCCUUGGAGGGAGCGAAAGAUCAGGCAGCUGGAGGAAGGCAUCAACGAGCUUAAGCAGAUGAUUCACGAUCAUCAUCAGGGCGAGCAAGGUGAGCAUUGAGCUACCAAUGGCCACAGGAUACUUCUUAACUUGAGAUACAGUCCUGCAAGCCGCUGGGCAGAUUGUUCCGUUCCCUAACGCCACCUUUGGCAACACUGCAGCACCUUCUAACAAUAUGCCGGAUCCAAACACCAUCUCCGUCGAUAAACAAGUGCCAUGGUGGGAAAGCAAGCCGAUGGAGGAGUGGGACCAGGAACAGAUAGAGGAGUGGGCGAAUUCUCUCGAGGACCCGGUCAUCAGCGAUCGAUCGGCCCCACAGAUGAAAGCCCCGCCGCCUGCUCGUGCUGCGGCACAGCGCAAUCAAGUCCAAGUUACCGCCGAUGGCCAGCCGACGAGUGUUGACUUGCCCACAUCAGCUACUGGAGCCAGCUUUGGAGCGACUAGUGAUCUUCCUGUGGCCUAUAAGAACAACGGCCCUUCCGGAGCCUACGUUACCAGUGCUGACGGAAAUCUUCUUGGUCAUAUCACGGAGGGAGCUUUUGGCCCUGCAGUGUACUACGCAGGCACGGCUGUGGCCUAUGUCAACAAUGGACCUACCGGCCAAGUGCUCUCGAACGCGCAAGGGAAGCGUAUAGGAUACUACCGCAAUGGACCAGGUGGCGUUGCCUUCUAUUACGACCUCUUCAGCAAGAGCGACGUUGAGCAUAUGUCCUUUUCUGGCCUUUCCGGCGGUACCGGCGCGAAUCCGAACGGCAUGGGCAACGCUGCUGAAAAUCAGCUUCGUCUUUCCCAGCGGACAGUCGACAGUACGCCAAAGGACCCCAAAUCUACCCAAGUUCCCGAGCCCAGCCAGUACCAUCACUCUGCCGCCACUCAGAGCGAGAUUCCCAAAGACCUCUUUGAAAGCUUCCUCAGCGACCCCGCUGCAGCUCGAGAUGCAGUUGGUGAUAAUGUCCAAGAUCAACAAGCUUCAGGCCACUUGCACGAAGACCCUAUCGCACAGUACAUUCGCGAUAUUACUCCUGUUACCGAGCUUAUGGAUGGGAUGUACGAGCAGCCGAGCAGAAAGGCCGUCCCAGCGGACAACACGACCGUGAGUCUUGACGAUGCUCGUGCGCAGCCAGACAUACCUCCGACGGCCGAAGGCGUAGACGCGGUGGAGCAUCAAGGACUGGAUGGUCAAGCCGUCCUGCCGGGCAACACUGCCAAGGCUGCUGACUCUGCGCCCCCACAGGCUACCAGCUUCUCGAAUGACUUUCGCACGGCGACCAACCUCUCUCCCGGGGCGUGA